AUGGUCAGGGGGAGCUUCGCGGCGGUCCAAGACGCCGUGGACGUCCUCUAUUCUCUGAUUCACCACAUACCCACCGGCCCCGAUACCUCUCCGUUGGACCGUGACACACUUUCCAAGGCCAUCCACAACCUGCAUGUCGCCACUGACAACUAUCCCAAACGGUCCAAGAAACGCAAGGAAGGUGACGAGGAAGGGCGCCGUGCCGACUGGCUCGACAAGCAAGGUGUCGAGCUGUGGAACCAUGUUCUUUCCGCUGGACGACUCAUGGAGGAGCCCCAGCAGCCGGAUCUUGUGCUGCUUGCCAAUCUCAAAUACGCUGCUUUCAAGCUCAUUGACACGGCAACCGAUGGCGAAGCUGUUGGACCAUACCUCGCUCGCGUACUGUCCAUUGCGUCCAAGACCACUGCCUCUUUGAUUGGUAUGUUUGGAACUCCGUUACCUUCUUACGAGAUUACAGCCGCUGGUGACGCAGCGAAGUGGCAAGAGCUCGUUGUGGUCGCUGCAGAGCUGGAGAAGAGACUCGUCAAUGGCCCCACUGCCGCGGAUCCGUUCGAGAUCCAGGAGAAGCUAGCGGCGCUCUCAAUCUACUACCUCACCCGUUGUGAUGCUGCCAUGGCUGAUGACAACGAGGGUCUGGCGUUCUCAAUGGCACAGCGCGGAAUUGCCGUCGACCCUCAAGGGGUGUUGGGACCAGAGCAUAUCAAAGCCAUUGCAAUCAAGCACUGGGAGAUUGGAACUCUCCUCUGCCAGAACCCGGACCAGCUAAAGGAGGCGUGCCUCUGGCUGCAUGCUGGCUUGGAGACUCUCGACAGCGCAGAGGGCAUGGACCAGGUGCUGGGUGUUCCGGAGCUCAAGAUUGCGCUGCUUCGCUCUGCUGCUCGCGCCGAACUGUCUCAAGGAACCCUUGAUCGCCAGGACCUCGAGCGCGUCGACAUCGUCCUCACCAAGUUGACCUCGCUGGCCAAUUCCCUGGAUCCGAAGAGCGUUCAGGAGAUCAAGGUUCUGCAGCUUCAUAUUCUUCAGCAACAAGGCGCCAAGGAAGCCCACGUCCGCUCAGGUGAGGGUACUGUCAAGAUGAACCUGACAGUAGCUCUUUCCAGUGUCAUCGAAGGGGUGUCUUGGACGGACGAGGACGUCACCGAACUCCUGGCUGAAAUUGGAGGUCUAACGAGCCACACGGAUAUGCAGACGUUCGGUCGCCAGCAGCUCCUCAUUCACGCCCUGGCCACGCCGCAAGGUAACUCGUUUGUUCCUCGCAUCCUUCUCGGCAUUCUACUCGCCGUUCGCAAGCAGGAUCUCGAUUACCAGACGACUCUUCGGGUAGUCACCCAGGCAUUCGACCGCAUUACCUCGGCGGAAGUUGAGAUGGACGACCCCACGGCAGUCAUUGCUUGCCAGACAGUUAUCUGGAGCUUUGGCGAGAAGGCAUACCGCGGUGGCGGUCAUUCCCAGGCAGCUGAGUGGUAUACGCUCGGCGCGCACAAAGCACUCUCCCCGGCGGGUCGUGACAACUUUGCCAAAUGCCGCAGGAAGGCGGCCUUGUCCCACAUUCACGCCGGCGCAUUCGCCAGUGCUCAGCAUGAACUCGAUCAAUGUCCUUCCAACGAAGCAACUACACAGUACCUCAGCUUUCUUGUGGCCGUCCAUGAGGGACGUGAAGUAGCAGCCGUCUCCGCCCUUGAGGCCAUUCUUAACUGUCCCGAUCUCGACGGCAAGCAGCUCCUGUUGAUGGCUCAAGUUGCCAAUGACAAGGGUCUCCAUGGUGCCCUGACCUCUAGCCUCUCUGCUCUUCUCACGGCCAUCAGUCGUCCCGAGGUUGCGACGGCCGUCCAGGUCCAUGGCCUCACACUUGUUCGUUGCCUCAUGAAGAUGACCUUGUCCGAGAUUGGCCACGAAAAGGAGAACGAGGGUCUUGUUCACACAUUCAUCUACUAUCUCGAGAAUGCAAACUCCCUCAUUGACGAGUUGCUCAAGCACGGUGAGGCUCAAGAGCACCUCAAGGCUAUUGCAUGGAUCUACAAGACUGCCUACAACGUCGGCGUUGAACAAGCCACGAGCUGGAGUCCUUCCCUCCUGUCCAACAUCUUCAACCUUGUGGUACAGAUCAUGGAUCACUACGUGGCGUCCUCUCCCCUCGACUGUGACCCUAACCUGCCGCUUCAAAGGGCCACUGCCAUGUUUGCGUGCUUUUGCGGAGAGCUGUUUGUCUACCGCGACAUGGAGGAUGGCACAGACAAAGCCGACCUCCUCAUGGCCCUCAUCGCUUACACCCCGGACCUGCUUGCGUCCAUCAAAGCGUUGAAGCCGACGGGGCCCAACGGCGAGAAACGCGAGCACAUGCUCCGCACCGCCACCGUUCUCGAGACCGAGCUCAUGUGCGAGCAAGGCGAUUGGGAUGGCCUGAGCGAGACUGUCCAGGCGGUACUGAACGACUCGAGCAACCCCAAGGGCUCUAGCCGCGCCCUACAGGCCGUGGUCAGCGUACUGGCGCAAUACCCCUCCUGCCCUACUGGUCUAACCUGCCGCGUGCUGGAAUGCGCACUGGAGAAGAUCUCCCCACAAGACUUCAACGACGUCGUCCAUGUCGCUCGGUGGACCCGCUCUCUCGUCACCAUCGUCCUGAACCGCGAUGGCGAGGAGGACAACGCCAAGGCCCUGCACUUUAUAGCCAAGGCGCACGAGGUCAUGGUCUCGGACGCGUGUCUCAAGGCGUACCCUUCCGACGAGGGUGAAUGGCUUCUGGCCACCGCUUGGCAGAUGGGCAUGACAAUGUUUGGGGCGUCAGACGUCGCUCAAGGCUGCCAGUGGUGUGAACUCGCACUCGCGCUGUGCUCGACCAUCCCCGCGGCGGCGAGUCAUGGGAAGAUGAUGGCAGACAGUUAUCAAAAGCUCCUCCAGAGGUACGCGUCGACGGGCGGCAAGUAA